GAAGAGUGAUCUCUCUAUAUAAGACGGAGGGUUGGGCACCCUGAGGACUGGCAGGCUGCAAGUCAAGAAUCCUCCAGAGAUUAUCAUCUGUCCUGCAGGGAAGGGAAACAGUAAGCAGUCACCACCAUGGGCGACUCAGAAAUGGAGUGUUUCGGCCCGGCGGCCGUUUACCUCCGGAAGCCAGAGAGGGAGCGAAUCGAGGCUCAGAACACACCGUUUGAUGCGAAAACGGCUUACUUUGUGACUGAGCCCGCUGAGAUGUACCUGAAGGGUAAACUGGUGAAGCGGGAGGGUGGUAAAGCCACUGUGGAGACUCUGGGUGGAAAAAGCAUCACCGUCAAAGAAGAUGAAGUCUUCCCCAUGAACCCCCCGAAGUUUGACAAGAUUGAGGACAUGGCCAUGAUGACCCACCUCAGCGAGCCGUCUGUGCUGUAUAACCUCAAAGAGCGUUACGCAGCAUGGAUGAUCUAUACCUACUCAGGGCUGUUCUGCGUGACUGUGAACCCCUACAAGUGGCUCCCAGUCUACGACUCAGUGGUUGUAGCAGGAUACAGAGGCAAGAAGAGGGUUGAGGCUCCGCCCCACAUCUUCUCCAUCUCUGAUAACGCCUAUCAGUUCAUGCUCCAAGACCGUGAAAACCAGUCCAUCCUGAUCACUGGAGAAUCCGGUGCUGGAAAGACUGUCAACACCAAGCGUGUCAUCCAGUACUUUGCGACAAUCGCGGUUGCUGGAGGGGCAAAGAAAGAGCAUGCUCCUGGCAAAAUGCAGGGGUCGCUGGAGGAUCAAAUCAUUGCAGCUAACCCCCUGCUGGAGGCUUAUGGUAACGCCAAAACUGUGAGGAAUGACAACUCUUCACGCUUUGGAAAAUUCAUUCGAAUCCACUUCGGGACCACAGGGAAACUGGCCUCAGCUGACAUUGAAACAUAUCUGCUGGAGAAGUCUCGCGUGACCUUCCAGCUGUCAGCAGAGAGGAGCUACCACAUCUUCUAUCAGCUCAUGACGGGACACAAGCCCGAGCUGCUGGAGGCUCUCCUCAUCACUACCAACCCUUUUGACUAUCCGAUGAUCAGUCAGGGGGAAAUCACUGUCAAGAGUAUCAAUGAUGUCGAGGAGUUCAUUGCCACAGAUACUGCCAUUGACAUCCUGGGCUUCAGUUCGGAUGAGAAGAUCGGCAUCUACAAGCUGACUGGAGCUGUGAUGCACCACGGGAACAUGAAGUUCAAGCAGAAGCAGCGUGAAGAGCAGGCUGAGCCUGACGGCACUGAGGUUGCUGAUAAAAUAUCAUACCUCAUGGGACUGAACUCUGCUGACCUGCUGAAGGCCUUGUGCUACCCAAGAGUCAAAGUUGGAAACGAGUUUGUGACCAAGGGUCAGACAGUGCCGCAGGUGAACAACGCAGUCAUGGCUCUCUGCAAGUCCGUCUAUGAGAAGAUGUUCUUGUGGAUGGUGGUCAGGAUCAACGAGAUGCUGGACACCAAACAGCCCAGAAGCUUCUUCAUUGGUGUGCUGGAUAUUGCCGGCUUCGAAAUCUUUGAUUUCAACAGCUUGGAGCAGCUGUGCAUCAACUUCACCAACGAAAAGCUGCAACAGUUUUUCAACCACCACAUGUUCGUCCUGGAGCAAGAAGAGUACAAGAAAGAGGGAAUUGAAUGGGAGUUCAUUGACUUCGGUAUGGACCUGGCUGCCUGCAUUGAGCUGAUAGAGAAGCCAAUGGGGAUCUUCUCCAUCCUUGAAGAGGAGUGUAUGUUCCCCAAGGCAACAGACACGACCUUCAAGAACAAACUCUAUGACCAGCAUCUUGGCAAAAGCAAGUCUUUUGAAAAGCCCAAACCGGCCAAGGGUAAGGCCGAGGCCCACUUUUCUCUGGUGCAUUACGCGGGCACUGUGGACUACAACAUUGCUGGCUGGCUGGACAAGAACAAGGAUCCUCUGAACGACUCAGUUGUUCAGCUCUACCAGAAGUCUUCAGUCAAGCUGCUGGCCUUCCUGUAUGCGUCGCACGCCGGUGCAGAGGCUGAGGGUGGUGGAAAGAAGGGUGGCAAGAAAAAGGGCGGGUCCUUCCAAACUGUGUCUGCGUUGUUCAGGGAGAAUCUCGGCAAGCUGAUGACAAACCUGAGGAGCACCCAUCCUCACUUUGUGCGCUGCUUGAUUCCCAAUGAGUCCAAGACUCCUGGUCUGAUGGAGAACUUCCUGGUCAUCCACCAGCUGAGGUGUAACGGUGUGCUGGAGGGCAUCAGGAUCUGCAGGAAAGGUUUCCCCAGCAGAAUCCUCUAUGGUGACUUCAAGCAGAGAUAUAAAGUCCUGAAUGCAAGUGUCAUCCCAGAGGGACAGUUUAUAGACAACAAAAAGGCCUCUGAGAAACUUUUGGGCUCCAUCAACGUGGAUCACUCGCAGUACAAGUUUGGACACACAAAGGUCUUCUUUAAAGCUGGACUGCUGGGAACUCUGGAGGAGAUGAGGGAUGAGAAACUGGCUGAGCUGGUCACAAUGACUCAGGCUCUGUGCAGAGGUUAUCUCAUGAGGCGAGAGUUUGUUAAGAUGAUGGAAAGACGAGAGGCCAUUUUCUCCAUCCAGUACAACAUCCGCUCAUUCAUGAACGUCAAAACAUGGCCAUGGAUGAAGCUGUACUUCAAGAUCAAACCUUUGCUCAAGAGUGCAGAGACAGAGAAGGAGAUGGCCCAGAUGAAAGAGGACUUUGAGAAGACCAAGGAGGACUUGGCGAAGGCUCUGGCUAAGAAGAAGGAGCUGGAGGAGAAGAUGGUUUCCCUCCUGCAGGAGAAGAAUGACCUCUUGCUGCAAGUGCAGUCUGAAAGUGAAAACCUCUCUGAUGCAGAGGAGAGGUGCGAAGGGCUCAUCAAGGCCAAGAUUCAGCUGGAGGCCAAAGUCAAAGAGACGUCUGAGAGGCUGGAGGAUGAGGAGGAAGUCAAUGCUGAGCUGACUGCAAAGAAGAGGAAGCUGGAAGACGAGUGCUCCGAGUUGAAGAAAGACAUCGAUGACCUGGAGCUCACUCUGGCCAAAGUGGAGAAAGAGAAGCAUGCCACUGAGAACAAGGUUAAAAACCUGGUGGAAGAAAUGGCUUCUCAAGAUGAGACCAUUGCCAAGUUGUCCAAAGAGAAGAAGGCCCUCCAAGAGGCCCAUCAGCAAACUCUCGAUGACCUUCAGGCAGAGGAGGACAAAGUCAACACUCUGACCAAGGCCAAGACCAAGCUGGAGCAGCAAGUGGAUGAUCUCGAGGGUUCUUUGGAGCAAGAAAAGAAGCUUCGCAUGGAUCUUGAGCGAGCAAAGCGGAAGCUGGAGGGAGAUCUGAAACUGGCUCAGGAAUCCAUCAUGGAUCUGGAGAACGACAAGCAGCAGUCUGAUGAGAAAAUCAAGAAGAAGGACUUUGAAGUGAGCCAACUUCUGAACAGGAUUGAGGAUGAGCAGACACUUGGAAUCCAAUUACAGAAGAAGAUCAAGGAGCUUCAGGCUCGCAUUGAAGAGCUGGAGGAAGAGAUCGAGGCUGAGCGGGCAGCCAGAGCCAAGGUGGAGAAGCAGAGGUCUGAUCUCUCCAGGGAACUUGAAGAGAUCAGUGAGCGUCUGGAAGAAGCUGGCGGAGCAACUUCUGCCCAGAUCGAGAUGAACAAGAAGCGCGAGGCUGAGUUCCAGAAGCUGCGACGUGAUCUUGAAGAGUCCACGCUGCAGCACGAGGCCACUGCCGCGGCUCUCCGUAAGAAGCAGGCGGACAGUGUGGCAGAGCUGGGAGAACAGAUCGAUAACCUCCAGCGAGUCAAACAGAAGCUGGAGAAAGAGAAGAGCGAAUACAAGAUGGAGAUCGACGACCUCAGCAGCAACAUGGAGAGCAUUGCCAAAUCAAAGGGCAAUCUUGAAAAGAUGUGCAGAACUCUAGAAGAUCAGCUCAGCGAGCUCAAAUCCAAGAACGAUGAGAACGUCCGUCAACUCAAUGACAUCGGUGUCCAGAAGGCCAGGCUUCAAACUGAGAAUGGUGAAAUUUCUCGCCAGCUGGAAGAAAAAGAAGCUCUUGUUUCUCAGCUCACAAGAGGGAAGCAGGGAUACACCCAACAGAUUGAAGAGCUGAAGAGACACAUCGAGGAGGAAGUGAAGGCCAAGAACGCUCUGGCUCACGCUGUCCAGUCAGCUCGACACGACUGCGACCUUCUCAGGGAGCAGUAUGAGGAGGAGCAGGAGGCUAAAGCUGAGCUGCAGCGUGCCAUGUCCAAGGCCAACAGCGAAGUGGCCCAGUGGAGAACCAAGUAUGAGACUGAUGCCAUUCAGCGCACAGAGGAGCUGGAGGAGGCAAAGAAAAAGCUCGCGCAGCGGCUCCAGGACGCAGAGGAGUCCAUUGAGGCGGUGAACGCCAAAUGUGCCUCUCUGGAAAAGACCAAACAGAGGCUGCUUGGUGAAGUGGAGGACCUGAUGAUUGAUGUGGAGAGAGCCAACGCUCUCGCUGCCACCCUCGACAAGAAGCAGAGGAACUUUGAUAAGGUUCUGGCAGAGUGGAAGCAGAAGUACGAGGAGAGCCAGGCAGAGCUGGAGGGAUCCAUGAAGGAGGCUCGUUCUAUGAGCACUGAGCUGUUCAAGAUGAAGAACUCAUAUGAGGAGGCUCUGGAUCACCUGGAGACCUUGAAGAGGGAGAACAAGAACCUGCAACAGGAAAUUUCAGAUCUGAGUGAGCAGCUUGGAGAAACUGGCAAGACCAUUCAUGAGCUCGAGAAAGGCAAGAAGACUGUGGAAACAGAGAAAACCGAAAUCCAGACUGCUCUCGAGGAGGCUGAGGCCACUCUGGAGCAUGAAGAGUCCAAGAUUCUCCGUGUUCAGCUUGAACUGACCCAAGUCAAGAGUGAAAUCGACAGGAAACUGGCAGAGAAGGAUGAGGAGAUUGACCAGAUCAAGAGGAACAGUCAGCGGGUCAUUGAGACCAUGCAGAGCACUUUGGAUGCUGAGGUCAGGAGCAGAAAUGAUGCCCUGAGGAUCAAGAAGAAGAUGGAGGGAGACCUGAAUGAGAUGGAGAUUCAGCUGAGCCACGCCAACCGCCAGGCUGCUGAAGCUCAGAAGCAGCUGAGGAACGUCCAGGGACAACUCAAAGACGCCCAGCUUCACCUUGAUGAAGCCCUCAGAGGUCAGGAGGACAUGAAGGAGCAGGUGGCCAUGGUGGAGCGCAGGAACAACCUGAUGCUGGCUGAGAUUGAGGAGCUGAGAGUAGCUCUGGAACAAACUGAGCGAGGUCGCAAAGUGGCUGAACAGGAGCUGGUGGAUGCCAGCGAGCGCGUGGGACUUCUCCACUCACAGAAUACAAGCCUCAUCAACACAAAGAAGAAGUUGGAGGCUGACCUGGUUCAGAUCCAGGGUGAAGUUGAAGAUGCUGUCCAGGAAGCAAGAAAUGCUGAAGAGAAGGCCAAAAAAGCCAUCACUGAUGCUGCCAUGAUGGCUGAGGAGCUGAAGAAGGAGCAGGACACCAGUGCUCAUUUGGAGAGGAUGAAGAAGAACCUGGAGGUGACCGUCAAGGACCUGCAGCACCGUCUGGAUGAGGCUGAGAAUCUGGCCAUGAAGGGAGGCAAGAAGCAGCUCCAGAAACUGGAGGCUCGGGUCCGUGAGCUUGAGUCUGAGGUGGAGAGUGAACAAAGAAGAGGAGCUGAGGCAGUGAAAGGGGUUCGCAAAUAUGAGAGGCGAGUGAAGGAGCUCACCUACCAGACUGAAGAGGAUAAGAAAAAUGUCAGUCGACUUCAGGACCUAGUGGACAAGCUGCAGCUCAAAGUCAAGGCCUACAAGAGACAGUCUGAGGAGGCGGAGGAGCAGGCCAACACUCACCUGUCCAGGUACAGGAAGGUGCAGCACGAGAUGGAGGAAGCUCAGGAGCGUGCCGACAUCGCCGAGUCCCAGGUCAACAAGCUGAGGGCCAAGAGUCGGGAGAUUGGGAAGGGAAAGGAGGCUGAAGAGUAAGACAGCGGGUGUGAGAGACUCUGAAGGGAAUCAUAAAAUAUGAGUUUUCAUUCACACGGUCUCAAUAAAUCGUGUUCUGAACUAA